AACGGCUCCAUAGGACAUGGCAAGCUGUGACACUGUGUAUAGGGAGCUUCUUGUUGCUAGACAGGGGAGAGGAGCGGUGCUGGCAUCAUGGAAGUCGCUAAGAUUGGCGAUGUGGUAGAGACAAUCGACAUGUCGAAAUUGUCGGAGAAAGAACGAUGGCGGAUCGAGCACCAGAAGCUCCAUGAGAAGCACCGCGGCCAUGAGACGAUGCAUGCGGAGAUGGCACUCAUCCUUCUGGCGACACUGGUGGUUGCCCAGAUACUGCUGGUGCAGUGGAAAGCUAGACACUUUAGGUCAUACCAGAGGGCCACGCUGUUGGGAAUGUGGCUGAUCCCCAUCGUCUUCUGUCUCAAGUUCUGGUGGAUGAGGUUUGUGUUUGUGUGGGCCAUCUUCUCCUGUAUCACCGGCUACAUUGUCUUCCGGGCUUCCAGAAAACCACUCUCAGGGGACACACCAAGACUGGUGUACAAAUGGUUCCUCCUCAUCUUCAAGCUGAGUUAUGCCGCAGGAGUUCUUGGCUACCUUGUUGUCAUGUUGACCAUAUUUGGCAUCAGCAUGUUGUUCCUCGUCAAACCACAGACUGGCAUGGACUUUGGGCUUCUCACUCUAUUUUACGGAUUGUAUUUUGGGGUGAUAUCCCGAGAUUUUGCAGAAGUCUGUUCUGAGUUCAUGGCAGCACACAUAGGGUAUUAUUCUAGUACAGGCCUCCCGUCCAAGCGUCUGGAUCCUAACAUCUGUGCUGUGUGUGGCAACCAGAUUCUACUCUUCAGUAAUGAAGAUGCCAUCAUAGAAAAAACAUGCAAAUUGUCAUGUAAUCAUAUAUUCCAUGAGUUCUGUAUACGAGGAUGGUGCAUCGUGGGAAAGAAACAGACGUGUCCAUACUGCAAGGAAAAAGUAGACCUGAAGAGGAUGUUCCCAAGUCCAUGGGAACGUACCAAUGUUAUGUAUGGUAACCUGUUGGACUGGAUUCGGUACCUGGUUGCCUGGCAACCAGUCAUCAUCCUCCUCGUGCAGGGAAUAAACUGGGCCCUGGGCCUGGAAUGAGCAAGCACCUGUAGCCGAGCUGAUCAACGCCAGUAUGAGAGACCGUGAUGAAGUGUGUCUGUCUACAUCUGUCUUAUGUCAUCAUUUAUUUGCUUGUGAUAUGUUUUUAUAAAUUAUGAAUCGAACGAGUCCUGUAUGGGCUGUCAUCUGUAAAUAAACACAUCUUUGAAAAUCAA